AUUCAGUGCCAAAAAGAAGAUAGGAUAGGGAGGCCGAGUGGAGGAGAAGAGAGGGUGCAAACCUCCUUGUGAGGACAUAACCCAGCUUUUGGGAACCCUUGAAGGCCUCCAGGCUCUGUUUCCAUCCUUCUACCUGACCCAGAGCUCCAGGCAUCAGGGAGCCUCACUGUUAUGGCUGCCUUUUAGAAGAGGCGUAGAGAGUGACAGAUUUAGGGGGCUUGGAGUCAGUGGACACGACUUUCUGCAGGUUCACCACUUUUUAAUUUGAGAAAGUCAAUGAACCUGUGUUUUUUUAAUAGAGAAUGGGAAUGACAGUAUGGUCUUGACGUUGCCCGCCUCUUAGAGCCAUAGUACAGUUAUUCCAGUUUUGUUAACACUGAACACAGAUGGUCUGUGAGUCAAGACACUGAGCUGGGGACAAGGAGCCUAAGACACAGGCCCAUUUCCUGCCCUCGAGGCAACUGAGGGAACAAUGCCCAGACUUGUGAACUCUACAAAGCCUCAGCAGCCCUGCUGACAGAUUUCCCAAAAGUACCUUUAAGGGGGCAUUUUCAUCUCAAAAAGAAUAUUAAACAGAGCUAUGGUCCUGUGGGAGCAUAGGCCUGCCUGGGGAGGCAGAUGCUGGAGUCACGAAUGAAGAAAACAGGGUUUUGCCGGUUAUUUUCUAAAAUCCUCCUGGGUAAAUUAUGAGGCAGAAAUAACCUCUUUCCUCUCGUUUCUCAUUUGGUGUUUAAUCUCCAGACCACAGUGUGAAGUAGGUGCUUUACCUCUUUUUACAGAUCAGGAAGCUGAGGUUCAGGGAGACGGUUUCAUUAGUGGGGACUGAGUCUGGACUCACACUCAGGCCGAAGACAAGCACCUCUCUGCCGUGUUGUUCAUGCAAGAGGCUUCCGGGGAGGGCCUGGGCCUCUUACUUCAAAGGGCAAAGGACACAUUUUCCCUUUCAUGUCUUUCCACGGCCCUUCUUUCAUUCUGGUUUCAGAUUGCCAGCCUGGCUCCAGUCCUGUCACUGGUCAGUAACUCCCAGGUCGUGUUCCACACUUAAAGAUGGAGGAGCUGCUAAGUCGCACAUCUCUUGAGACUCAAAAGCUCGAUCUGAUGACUGAAGUGUCUGACCUGAAGCUCAAGCUGGUUGGCAUGGAGAAGGAGCAGAGAGAGCAGGAGGAAAAGCAGAGAAAAGCAGAGGAGUUACUGCAAGAACUCAGGCACCUCAAAAUCAAGGUGGAAGAGUUAGAAAAUGAACGGAAUCAAUAUGAGUGGAAGCUGAAGGCCACUAAGGCUGAGGUAGCCCAGCUGCAAGAGCAGGUGGCCCUGAAGGAUGCAGAAAUUGAGCGUCUGCACAGCCAGCUCUCCCGGACUGCAGCUCUCCACAGUGAUCAUGCAGAGAAAGACCAAGAAAUUCAACGUCUGAAAAUUGGGAUGGAAACUUUGAUUAUUGCCAAUGAAGAUAAGGACCGUCGGAUAGAGGAGCUCGCGGGGCUGCUGAACCAGUACCGGAGGGUGAAGGAGAUCGUGAUGGCAACUCAAGGACCUUUGGAAAGAAAUCUCUCAAUCAAUGAGGAAGAGCUGGAGGGGAGUUUCAGGAAGUGGAACACUACAAAUAAAGGCCCCGAAGAGUUACUUAAACAAGAGAUGCCUCCAAGAUGUAGCUCUCCUGUGGUGGGGCCACCUCCACUUCCACAGAAAUCACUGGAAACCAGGGCUCAGAAAAAACUCUCCUGCAGUCUAGAAGACUUGAGAAGUGAACCUGUGGAUAAGAGUGUCAAUGGGAACAAACUCUCCCACAUGGGAGAACCCAAGGAUGGCCCUUUCCUGGCGGAGCACAAAUACCCCACAUUACCUGGGAAGCUUUCAGGAGUCGUGCCCAAUGGAGAUGCUGCCAAAUCUACUCCCAUCGCCUCCCAGCCUGACCCCGCAGGAAACAGCCUGCUGAGGCUGAGAGACACAGAAAGCGGUUGGGAUGAUACUACUGUGGCCAACGACUUCUCAUCCACGUCAUCUGGUACUGAGUCGGGUCCUCAGUCUCCCCUGACACCAGAUGGUAAACGAAGCCCCAAAGGCAUCAAGAAAUUCUGGGGGAAAAUCCGAAGAACUCAGUCAGGAAAUUUCAACACCGAUGCGCCGGGGAUGGCAGAAUUUCGGCGAGGUGGACUCCGGGCAACUGCAGGGCCAAGGCUCUCUAGGACAAGAGAUCCCAAGGGUCAGAAAAGUGAUGCCAAUGCCCCCUUCGCCCAGUGGAGCACAGAGCGCGUGUGCGCGUGGCUGGAGGACUUCGGCCUGGCUCAGUAUGUGAUCUUUGCGAGGCAGUGGGUGACUUCUGGCCACACUUUACUAACUGCUACCCCUCAGGACAUGGAAAAGGAGCUAGGAAUUAAGCACCCUCUUCACAGGAAGAAGCUGGUUUUAGCAGUAAAAUCCAUCAACGCCAAGCAGGAGGAGAAGUCUGCCCUUCUAGACCACAUCUGGGUGACACGUUGGCUGGAUGACAUUGGCUUACCCCAGUACAAAGACCAAUUUCAUGAGUCCCGAGUUGAUGGGCGCAUGCUGCAGUACCUGACUGUGAAUGAUCUACUCUUCUUAAAAGUGACCAGCCAACUACAUCAUCUCAGCAUCAAAUGUGCCAUCCAUGUGCUGCACGUCAACAAGUUCAACCCCCACUGCCUGCACCGGCGGCCAGCCGAUGAGAGUAAUCUUUCUCCUUCAGAAGUUGUGCAGUGGUCCAACCACAGAGUGAUGGAGUGGUUGCGAUCUGUGGACCUGGCGGAGUAUGCACCCAACCUUCGCGGGAGUGGCGUCCAUGGAGGUCUCAUUAUCCUGGAGCCACGCUUCACUGGGGACACCCUGGCUAUGCUUCUCAAUAUCCCACCACAGAAGACACUCCUCAGACGCCACCUAACAACCAAAUUCAGUGCUCUGAUUGGUCCUGAGGCUGAACAGGAAAAGCGAGAGAAAAUGGCCUCACCAGCCUACACACCGCUGACCACCACAGCCAAAGUGCGGCCAAGGAAACUGGGAUUUUCACAUUUCGGAAACAUAAGAAAAAAGAAGUUUGAUGAAUCAACGGACUACAUCUGCCCAAUGGAACCCGGUGACAGUGUCGGUGACAGGGUUUAUAGUGGUUACCGGGGCCUCAGCCCACUCGACGCCCCCGAAGUGGAUGGGCUGGACCAGGUGGGACAGAUUAGCUGAUGCCCUUGUCACCUGUCCUCUGUGUGCACCCUGAGAACACUGUAACACCGUUUGUGUCACCACAUAACUGCAUCUCACCCCUGCACACGUGCAUGACUCGCAGAGAACAAUCCAGCAGCUGUGUUCCCCUGCGCCAGUCUCUCUCCUACCCUGAGGGUGGCCAGGGUGUGGAGUUGCACCUUUGCUAAGGGGUCAGACUUUUGGAAUGGUUGCCAAAGGUGGACUGAGGAGUGUCUUUGCUAACAGAUGCUUGUACGUUUCUAGUAGUAAUUCUAAAUGUCCAUCUUCAGCAUCAGUGGGAAUAUACAACCUUGGACACAGGACUAGAGGCCACGGACAAUCUCCAGAGGCUCAGCUUUCAGGCUCCUCUGCUGGGCUUCAGUUGAGGGGCAAUCUCAAGUGCCUUACGCUGGUGGCCAGAGUCUUGGCUGAGAUCUAAGGGACAGCAGCAGGGUCUUCUGCCACAGUGACAAUGUAACUGUGUUGUGCCUUACUACCAAGGUGGUCUCUUCUUCCUGGUAAUAAAAACAAUAUUUAUGUAGAAA